AUGAACCAUCUUAGGAGAUUUAUCGUUAAUACAACUGGGAAGUUACAUGUGUUUUCCCUACUACUCAAGUUGAAGCCGAUGGAAGAAUUAAAAUGGGAUGAUACACACCAGAGGGUAUUUGAUCAGAUCAAGGAGUACUUGUCAAGUCCUCCUGUCAUGAUGCCGCCAAGGAAGAAAUGGCCAAUGAAGUUGUAUUUAUCCGCUGCUGAAGAAUCAAUUGGAGCUAUGCUGGCACAAGAGAAUGAAGUAGGAAAUGAACAAGCAAUAUAUUAUCUCAGCCAAUUUUUAACUCCAGUCGAGUGUAGAUAUAGGCCGAUUGAGAAAUUAUGUUUGGCUUUGUAUUUUACAGCAAUGAAAUUCAGAGUCUAUAUAUUGCUUGUUUUGGUUUAUAUUAUUUUUCAAACAGAUCUUAUAAAGUAUAUGCUAUCAAGGCCAUUAAUCACAGGCCGGAUCGGCAAGUGGGCUCUAGCAUUAAUGGAAUUCAACUUUGCAUAUGUUCCACAAAAGGCAAUUAAGGGAAGAGUUUUGGCAGAUUUUCUUGCCGAUCAUCCCUCGCCUGAAAUUAUGUCACAAGUAUUUGAUGAGCUCGACUCGGCAUCCAUAUUCAUGACUCCAUGGACUUUAAUAUUUGAUGGGUCGAGUACCAGUGAAGGCUCAGGAGCUGGAAUAGUCAAAAUAUCCCCAACAGGGAAUCAAAUUUCAUUUUCCUUCUUUUUGGAUUUCAGGUGUUCAAAUAAUCAAGCCGAGUAUGAGGCAUUAAUUAUUGGUUUGGAAAUUCUGCUAGAAAUGGCAGUCAAAGACGUCCACAUUGUGGGAAAUUCAAGUUUGGUGAUUAAUCAAAUCUCAGAAGACUUUAGAUGUUUGAAUUGGCAAUUAAGACCAUUUCAUUCGUUGGCAACCCAAUUGGUCAACCAAUUUCACAAUGUGACUUUAGAAUAUAGACCAAGGGCCAUGAAUAAAAUAGCUAAUGAUUUAGCAUAG